AUGCGUGGAAGAGGCCGAGGCAACCAAAACCGAGCGAGAGGCGUACGCGGGCUCGGCAAUAGCCGUGGAGCUCCCCGGAUAUCGACCCGUGACUGGGAACGGGCGCCUGCUGGUCGUGUACCCACUAAAGCUUCGUCAGACGGCAACCGAGGAAUUAAGAGUAGUGAUCGGUUUGGCUUGGAAUGGCUCCCAGCAGUCAGCCGGAGUAGUGGAUUGGAGCCUAAUGGCGAUGCUCUUAGGUCCUUUGAGACUCAACAAGAAUAUUGGGAAUUUAUUACCGAGAAGAUCUUGAACCUUGAGCUACCCGGCCGGUACAUUCCCAAGUCAUCAUCCGAACGACAGGAGAAGGAAUCCAAUGCUAUGAUUCUAUUGCGUAAACUACGUGAGGGGUUUGUCGCCACUGACAGGCGAGACAAUUUCUCUAUCCAAGUGGUUGAAAAAUCUGUAUACUUAUCAAUUGUCUAUAACUCGCCGGUCAACAUCGCAUCAAGCUUCAGUUAUUUGCUUGACGUAUAUACAGCCAAGCCUGAAACUUCCGAGACAUUGAAGCUAAGCAAAACUGCUGUCGGCCUCUUACAGUUCCUGCAUACACUCGUGGAUGAGUUCCCAAGUCAAAAGGUCUCCCAUCGUCUUAUCCUUGGUUCCGAUGCACAGAUAUGCCUACCUCGCAACUCUGCCGAAUGGUCACUAGCAUCUGAUAUUGCUUCGGCGUUGCGUAGGAAUAACUGGUGGGCGCUGGAGAAGUUGACCAACCCCGCAGUUGUCGAUGAGCGACUGAAGAACGAACCAUGGACAAAAUUUACCUCAGACUCGGAUGGAUCUAACUCGGAAAGUGAAGUUGUAUUCGCCAAACUCCCGUCUCGGGCUUUGACUCAUUUACUUGAGCAACUUCGAGCUAAAGUACGAAGUUCUGCAUGGCCGGUACUCCGCUCGGCCUACCGCCAAGUGGUCAAAGAGCCCUGGCUUGAACGGUCUCUGUUGCUUCCGAAUGAAGGAGUCGGCGAGUUUAUGCGCGCCGCAGUUGAAAAUAGCGAAGCGGUGCUCAAAGAUGCCGCAACGAAUAUAUGGCUUUUGCGAAGGCCGGCGGUACAGGCGUAG